UUCACCUUCCCUCGCCAAUAAGGCAUCAGAAGGACCCCAACACUAUAAAAAACCCAAAAGCCUACUUCCUCCUUGGUCCUUUUUCUUUUUCUUUUUCUUUUUCUUUUUCUUCUGUAGAUUUGGAGAAGAGUCAAGAAUCUGAAGAGCUUUGAUCAAUCAAUCCAUCAAUGGCGGGGGUGUCGUUGAAGUGUGGGGACUGUGGGGCACUGUUGAAGUCGGUGGAGGAAGCCCAAGAGCAUGCCGAGCUCACCUCCCAUUCCAACUUCUCUGAGUCCACUGAAGCAGUUCUCAAUCUUGUUUGCUCUGCUUGUGACAAACCAUGCCGAUCCAAAACAGAAAGUGAUUUGCAUACGAAAAGAACAGGGCAUACCGAGUUUGUGGAUAAGACUUUAGAGGCAGCAAAACCAAUCAGUUUGGAGGUUCCCAAGGUAGCUACAGACUCAGAGGAGGCUGUUGCUGCAGAUAGCGGCAGCCAGUCUGAAGAGAUGGUUGUGCCGGAAGUUGACAAAAAACUGCUUGAAGAACUGGAAGCAAUGGGUUUCCCUACAGCACGUGCAACCCGUGCUCUUCAUUUUUGUGGUAAUAAUAGCCUUGAGGCUGCUGUGAACUGGGUAGUUGAACAUGAGGCCAACCCAGACAUAGAUCAGAUGCCCAUGGUACCUGUCAACAGACAUGUUGAGGCACCUAAACCUUCUCUUACACCGGAAGAGAUGAAGCUCAAAGCACAAGAGCUAAGGGAGCGUGCUCGCAAAAAGAAAGAAGAAGAGGAGAAGAGAAUGGAAAGAGAAAGGGAAAAGGAGAGGAUUCGAGUGGGCAAGGAAUUGUUGGAAGCAAAGCGUAUCGAAGAAGAAAAUGAGAGAAAACGAUUGUUGGCCCUGCGGAAAGCAGAGAAAGAGGAAGAGAAAAGAGCUAGGGAAAAGAUUCGUCAGAAAUUGGAAGAGGACAAGGCAGAGAGAAGGCAGAGGCUUGGGCUGCCACCAGAAGAUCCUGCUGCUGUGAAACCUUCUGCACCUGUUGUGGAGGAGAAAAAGAGCUCAUUGCCAGUUAGGCCUGCCACAAAGUCAGAGCUAAUGCGAGAGUGUUUGCGAUCUCUCAAGCAAAAUCACAAGGAUGAUGAUGCCAAAGUGAAGAGAGCAUUCCAGACUCUUCUUACAUACAUAGGAAAUGUGGCCAGGAAUCCUGAUGAGGAGAAAUUUAGAAAAAUUAGACUGAAUAAUCAAACUUUCCAGGAUAGAGUUGGUUCUUUAAAAGGUGGUGUUGAGUUCUUCGAGAUCUGUGGGUUUGAGAAAGUUGAAGGAGAUCAGUUCCUGUUUCUAUCAAGGGACAAGGUUGACAUGCAAGUGCUGAACUCAGCUGGGUCUGAGCUGAACUCUGCCAUAAAUAAUCCCUUUUUUGGGGUGCUUUAAGUCGAAAUAGAUUCAUAAACUGUAAAAUGUUUUUUCACUCUGAAAAAGACGACAAAAAGUUAUACAUUUAUAUCUUUUUAGUCUACAUUUAGUUGUUUUCUUUUUUCUUUUUUUCCUUGGUUUUUGUUGAGAUAUGUUGUUAGCAAUGAAUUCAACUAUGGACAAACUGAGAUUUCUCCACUCAUACCUUCAAGUAGCAGGCUUUCGUUAAUGGUUACGGAACCUCAAUAAUUGCCUUA